UCCAGAACCCCAGCUGCAUGAGAGCCGACAGGUUGUGUACACAGAGGAAGUCAACUGAGAGAAUCUGUUAGCUGAAUAGAUUUGCUAAGGAAAACAUCUAGCUUACCGCUUAAUGCACUUGACAUGUCAAGUGAACCAAUUGCAAUGAUCUGAUUUUAAAGCGAAGGUAUUCUUAAUCUAAGUUAUUCGUCUUGAUCCAUCUUCCUUGGAUUUCAAAGGCGCUAGUUUAGUUAGUUUAGCUAACUUUAAGGAACUACAAUCGGGCUAACUCGUCAGUUUGACUGAUCUGAUUUGUACCUGCUGAGGUGUAACAGGCAGGCGGUUUCCACUGACCAAAAUAAAUAAAAGUGGGAUUUAACAGGGAGCCGAAUGGCCUCUGUAGUGGUGGUGAAAACUGAGAAGCGAGCUGCUGAUCCUCAGGAUGUUGACUCAAACACCAAAAAACCUCGGAUUUGGGCACCAUCAAUGGAACCAUCACUCAAUCUCUGCCUGCCCCAAAGGAAAUUGCUGCCCAGCCUGAAGACCAAGCGUGCCCCCGAGCUGGUCUUAGUGAUUGGUACGGGGGUGAGCUCAGCUGUGGCCCCCCAGGUUCCUGCGCUGCGUUCCUGGAAGGGUCUCAUCCAGGCCUUGCUGGAUGCAGCCAAUGACUUUGACCUCUUGGAGGAGGAGGAGAGCCGGCGCUUUCAGAAGAGCUUGCAGGAGGACAAGAACCUGGUCCACGUGGCCCAUGACCUCAUUCAGAAGCUUUCUCCGAGAACAGGCAACGUGCGCUCCACCUUUUUCAAGGACUGCCUGUACGAGGUGUUCGACGACCUGGAGUGCAAGAUGGAACACGCCGGAAAACACCUGCUGCGCUCCGUACUGCAGCUGAUGGAGAGCGGCGCGCUCGUGCUCACCACCAACUUCGACAACCUGCUGGAGAUCUACGCCGCCCACCAGGGCACCAAGCUGGAGUCCCUGGAUCUCACCGACGAGAAGAAGGUCUUGGAGUGGGCUCAGGAGAAGAGGCGGCUGAGUGUGCUGCACAUCCACGGCGUGUACACCAACCCUAGCGGCAUCGUACUGCACCCUGCUGGCUACCAGAAUGUUCUGCGUAACACGGAGGUCAUGAGGGAGAUCCAGAAGCUGUACGAGACCAAGUCGUUUGUGUUCCUGGGCUGCGGGCGCACGGUGGACGACACCACCUUCCAGGCCCUGUUCCUGGAGGCGGUCAAGCACAAGUCAGACCUGGAGCACUUUAUGCUGGUGCGACGCGAGGACGUGGGCGAGUUCAAGAAGCUGAGGGACAACAUGCUGGACAAGGGCAUCAAGGUCAUCUCCUACGGCAACGAGUACGCCGACCUGCCUGAGUAUUUUGAGCGGCUCGCCAACGAGAUCUGUAACCGGGACACGGGGGCGAACGGCUGGGGAUCUCCCUCACAGGAAGAGGAGCCCCAGAAUGGCUUCAAGCCUCCAAAAAACCUCCUUCAAGAAUGCAAUUUUUGACAGGUACACACUUGAGGAGGAUCAGUUAUUUUCCUCCAAACCCCCUUUUUUUGGGUUCAGUACUACUAAGGUCCACUUACUUUGGAUCUACAACUUAAAUUUGGGCCCGGAGAGACUUUAUGCCCUCGCACCUUGUUUCAAUUGCAUAAUUGGUUUGCACCACAAAGGGAAGGAACAUGUUUUUUUGUGUCAAGAUAACGGUAAAAACAUUGCCACACUGCCUUGACAC